AUUUUCAGUCUAUUUGUCACAUUACGGUAAAAGCAUGUGGGAUCUGUCGAAUUCUCGGAUGUUUGCUAAACCAGCGAUGUAAAUAUAUGAGCCACAAUCCGCUCACGUACUGAUCAAAACCGAAGGAAAAACAAAGGUACUCGUGGGAUAAAGUGCUUCAAGCCUGCAGUGGGCCUGCAGCCAGCUGUUCCGUCGGACACGUGCCUGCAAAAAUCUACGAACCAAGAGGAGACUACCUGGGCCUUAAACUUGAAUGAGAAGACCAGCCUUUGGGUUCGGUAAUAUUCUUCCCUGAGCAGCAAGACACCUGGGCCCUCCGCCCCCUCCCUGUCGCUCCCUGCAAGCCAUGGCUUCCAAACCUCACCCCCCCCUUAUGAAGAAGCACAGUCAGACUGACUUGGUCAGUCGGUUGAAGACCCGUAAGAUCCUGGGAGUCGGGGGAGAGGAUGACGACGGGGAAGUGCACAGGUCAAAGAUAAGCCAGAUGCUUGGCAACGAAAUCAAAUUUGCGGUGCGGGAGCCGAUGGGCCUCAGGGUAUGGAUCCUCAUUUCAGCCGUCAUGUUCACAGUGAUGGCGCUAAUGGCUCUGGCGUUCCCCGGCCAGCUGUCGGAGAUGGUGUUUGAAGAGGAGCUCUCCAGCUCCAUCAUCUCCAUCCGCCUCUACGGAGGAGCCCUCCUCAGUAUCUCUCUAAUCAUGUGGAAUGGCCUGUACACGGCAGAAAAGGUCAUUAUCCAGUGGACACUGCUGACAGAAGCUUGCUACUUCACUGUCCAGUUUUUAGUAAUGACUGCGACUUUCAUCGAGAUGGGCUCAGCAUCCAAUUCCGGCAUCCUCCUCCUCCUCAGUCGGGUGCUCUUCCUCAUCAUCACACUCUGCUACUACUAUCAUCUGGGACGGCGUCCCAAGAAGAUAUGAUAUAUGAGGCUUUCCUUGUGUUCCAAGGGGGCAGGGAGCUAGCUGUUCAGCUGUGGGGUGCCAUUGCUCUGGGCUGAAUACAAUGUGGUUUGAGGAAUCAACCCCCCCCCUCCAAAGCCUUCCUACAAUCUUUUAAGACAGCAGUUUAUAUUAAUCAGGGUCCAGCACAUAAGGUCCAUUGGAAAUGCCUCACUGUGAGUAAAGCUCUUUCAUUCACAAGGCUAACAAGUUUGUCUAGUAAAUAUGUGAGGUUUCACUUUAUUAUUUUUUUUAGGAAUGUGUCAUUGGCAGACUAACAAUUCUGAGAUGCAGCCCCUAUAAUUAUUUAGUGGGUUGCAGUUUAAAUAGAAUGGUGUCACCUUUCAACCCCAGUCACAUGACAAUUAUAGACUAUAGAAUAUAGACAACUAGAGCAGCGAGGCACGGUACCAUAGCAUUUCAUGUAUAGGUAGAGGUGUCAGCAGACCUGCAGGGUGGGGAAGUGUCCAUUCUGCGUAGCCUGCUGCUACACAGACUCGCUGGUGGUGUGUUAUCCCAGAGGGCCCUCCUGCUAGAUGGGUUUGCAGCCAUGGAGACAGAACCGGAUAUCUUUCUACUUGUCAUACCUUUCAGCCUGGACAGAAUGCGUGGUGUUUCUCCAUCUUUCCCAUCAGCAAUUCUUAGAUUGCAGGGUUCCUGAUUUGACUCUUACUCCGAGCAUGAGACGAUCCCGAGCGCCAUAUCCGACCAGGGAGUUUGAAGUAGCUCUUCCAGGCGGUCGGGGGAUCUGCGCUAACCAAUGCACAUAAGUGCCCCUAUGGGACUUGUGGGUGUUUUGCAUGCACUGAGCAGCCUGCCAUUGGCUGACAGUAGGUAAGCAAAGCCAAAUAUAACAAAGCUGAAUUACAUGGGGAGAGAAAAAAAUGCUCUUUUUACAGUUCAGUGUUUCAACCAAUUUGAUCCUGCAUUGAUUGCAGACUAAGUGCAAACAUCUAAUUGUUGAAUGAAAAUGCCAUUACUUAGGGUGUUCACAGGCAAGGCUUGAAGUUCCCCUGUUAUGAAAUUAGAAAACAGGAUCACAUGUUCUGAAUGGUUUCUGUGACUCUCUUCCAGAUUGGCUGUGACUACCUGCUUUGUCAAAGCAAACUAAACUGCUUGAAGUUGCCUUUGCUUUGAACCCUGCAGAGAAAAAUUUGUAAAUCGGGGCUGAAAACACAUUUCUGUUGUUGACAACAUUUCAGAUGCUGUUGCUCUUGCUCCGAGAAGCUGCAUUUCACAUCUAAAUUAAGCAUUGCUCCCUACAACAGCCAUGCGUUCCAUGCAGCCGGCACCAGCGUGUCAUGGACCGCAUGGUUGGGCGUGGGCGUGGUGCACAUGCUUGGUCCUUGUAGUUUUAGGCCGUGACACAGAGCAUGUUUGCUGUAGCACUUUGAACUUAACCGUUUUGUUCGAGUAAUGUAGCUGACUUUUGAAACAUAUCCAUAGUGUUGCCUUAAACCGCAGAUGAUAACAUGGGGUUAGGUCAAUAGUUGUAUUUUAUGGUGUAAACAACUACCUUGUCGCUUUAGGUUCUAUUAGAGUGGCAGCAAAAAAAGAAAAAAAAAACUUGUGACUUGCUGAAUUCAAGUUGAACAAAAGUAGUACAGUACACUACUGCUUGAACUAAUUGUUAACCUGGCAGUAGAUUUCUCUUCUCAUGGUGUCCUUCCUGCAGUUUGUAUUUACAUUGGUGGCCUUUGAUGUUUUUAAAGAGUUGGACUGCAUUGUUGAUUAAAAAGCAUGCAACAAAUAUUGUGUAAUAGCACAUUUCUCUUGGUAGAACUAGAUUGCGGGCUGCUUUUGAAAGGCGUGUUGGAAAGAGGCAAUCUUUUGGGGACAGUUUGGGCACAAAAUGAUGUGCUUAUUCCUAUACUCAAGUUCUUUGUCUUUGUCUUUGGUGUGAGUGAUGGUUAGACAAGACCACAGAUGCACGUAGAUGGUGGGGAAUGGCAGGAAUUUUUGGUUAAACUCCAGUUGCCAACAAAUCAUUUCUCCAGGAGACUAACGCGUUCCAAAAGGCAGCAGCUUCUCUGUCUGGCUGUAAAUGAAGUUUAAGCAGCGAUGAAGGACCAAAGGGCAACACGAAUGAAUUGAAAUACAAGCCGCAAGGUUUUUUUGGUGUCUAUCCACUGGCCUGUGUUCAGGUGUGGUGUAUCAAAAGGCAUUUUUAUGGAACCGUCACUGAGAGCAGUCAUGUUCAGAAGUUCUGCAUAAUGGAAAACCUUUUUUAUUUUGGGUCCCCUUUCACUUGAAAGUCUGCCUGAAUCUUGAAACAUUUUCUGCCUGCAGCGGAGCUCAAAUUUUUCUGUGGAUUAUGGAAUGAGCUACAGCGUCUGACUGGCUUGGCUGCACUACAUGUGCCGUCAUUCGUGCAGUGCAGAAUGGAGCUUAGAAUGGUGAACUCCAUGUACUAAACAGUAACAGUCUCCUUCACUGCUUUGUAAUUAAAACUCUGCUCUCUGUCUUUGCGUGUUCCGGCCCACCCGAGCGCUCUAGGAAAGCUGUACUCUCGCACAGCGUCUCUGGAUCUCAUUCAGACAGACCAAAAAAAGCAAAGGUUUGUGCACAGCGAGGUUCAUUUUUAGGUAGACCGUAGCUCUGCUCAUAGAGGAGCUCAAAAGGGCAGAGCCAGGACAUGUGCUGUUUAAGUGCAGUACAGAUGCUUGUGUGUCUAGCAGCUGACUUUCUCAUUUCUCUGUUGGGGAGUCUCUGUGCCCCCCCCCCCAACUCUUUUCAUGGGCUCCACAGGGAAAAAAAAAAGAGGAAAAACUUCUCAAUCGUUCUUGCAACUUCCAAGCAAGCUUAUGGCACUGCUACAUAGCACAGCCACUUAAUCACCACAGCCGGUACCAACCUGUUUACCCUCUGGGUCCUCGGUCACUUGUUUGGGUGAAAUGAGUAUGUAUAAAAUGCUUUAUGAAAAUAGGUUUUUAAGUGUGUAUGUACAUAUUUUGCCUAGAAAAAUACUGGUUCAUAGAUAGAAAAAUGCAAAGAUCAUCUUGUAUCUACUUUUGGAAAAACCAAAUGGAAUUUCGUGUAUGUGUGCCAUAGAAAUAAAUGUUUUUUUUUCCAAUUGUUUCCUUUAA